CCUUUGACCUUUCAGCGUCACAAAGAAGCAGAAUGUCCCGCAAAUUCAGUCACUUGUGAGAAAUGCAACAAGGACGGAAUUCCUAAAGCAAAGUUAUUUCAAAUUCAAUAUCCAACCAUGAUGGACCUGAAUGGAAAUCAAGGACAGCGUCCGUUUUCUCAGAUCGCUCGUUGCACAACUAAGGCAUACUUGGACGGCAGCGAUGGUGACGAAGACGAUGAUGACCCUAACGAGGUUAAUAACCAGGACGACCAUGAUGACAAUGACGACGACGCUGAUGAUGAAGACGAUGACGAUGGCGACGACCAUGAUGAUG